GCGACACAGGAGUGUUGCACCGGGCAGAGCGACUACUCGCCCGGAUAACCCUAGAGUCCCGGUGUGUUUUGUCCCGGUCCGUGAUGGAGGAGGCGUUUUUCCCGUCGCCGGUGGCCGCCUACGACGUCCCGGACCCGGACGACACCAGCCUGGCUCUGCCGGCCCAGAGAUCCUCCAGACUGGACUCCAUCGACCGCAGUGUCCGCGUCCAGCAGCAGGUUCUGCUCACUCUGAAGCGGAAGACCAGGAAAAGUUUCUCCAAUGGUGGAGUCCACUUACACAAUACAUCAAGGAGCUUUGAUGCUGCUGAUGGAACAUUGAAAAACACAAAGUUGUGCCUCCCUCCUGUUGGUUUGAGUCGUCUCCAUGUAAAGAUAAAUGGAUUUGGAUUCAGCAACUCCUCAGAAAACCAUGUACAAAGACCGUCCAGGAAGAUGGAACUGGCUCCGCCACCAAGCCCAAAGUUAUCCCACAGUCACUUUAAUUACAGUACUUACACCCCGGCGACGCGCAUGGUCCCAGGACCCGUCCAUUCACACAUGGGGGGAGCUACACAGGACAUCUCAUCUGGGUCAGAUCCAUUUAGGCGCUAUGCUCGCUCAGAGUCGACUUAUGGUAUGCGGAGGUACGCAUCCACUACCACACCGCGGAACUUCAGGUGGAGAUCAAUCAGAGAGACUGCAGGACCACAGUAUACGCUCACAGAUGCAAGGACUCAGCAACAUCUUGAAUUGGGUUCUCCACGGUGCCAUCAACGGGAGAACCUGACUCCAGGAGACAGUUUUAUGAGGUUUGGAUCUGCCCAGCCAGAUGGAGGUUUAACGUGGCUGGCUGGGGUCAGGAAGGGCAGUCAGGAAUACCCGGGACAUAUGUCAUACACAUCUUCUGUUGGUAGUGCAGGGGUGGACACGGAGAGGCUGGCAGAAGCAGCACUCCCCAUGCAGCAGAUACGGACCCAGAGGGCCUUAUCAUUGAAGUCUGACAGAAAGCCUCCAGAGAUGACGCUGGAGAGGGCUGUGACCCUUUUGACCCAGGACAAUGAGGAGAUGCUGAUCCGUGCAGCCACUUGCAUACAAAGUCAAUGUUUCCAGAGAGCUGAUGCCAAAAAGAGGGUGUUUUAUCUGCAUGGGGUGAAGAAGCUCCUGCAGCUCCUCGACAACGACAGCGAGGAGGUUCAGCGCGUCGCUGCCACGGCCCUGCGUAAUGUUGUUUACCAGAGCAAUGAAAAUAAGGAGGAAGUGAAGGACGGCGAUGGUUUGGCGGUCAUUUUGAAGGCACUUACAAACAGCCAUGACAUGGACACCAGGCGCCAACUUACCGGUUUGUUGUGGAACCUCUCCUCUCAUGACAUUUUGAAGGAGCAUUUCCCCAAAGACGCCGCCCGCAUCCUCACCAAGUCCGUCCUGGUGCCCGGCUCUGGCAUUAAUGAAGGAGAAAACCCAAAAGACGAGCUGUUUGCUGACGAUGAGGCUUUCUACAGCGCUACGAGCUGCCUGCGAAAUCUGAGUUGUGCCGGCCCAGACGUCAGGGAAGAGAUCAGGAACUGUGAGAAUCUCAUCGACUCUCUGAUCUACUACACCCGAGGAACUGUAGCCAAUCGUAAGACUGAUGACAAGUCCACAGAGAACUGUGUCUGCAUCCUGCACAACGUGACUUAUCGGAUUGAGCUUCCAGGGUACUACACCCACGCUCCGAGAGAAUCUCAACAAAACUUGGCUCACAAGCAGCCGUCGCUUGGCUGUUUUUCUUCUCGCAGUGCCAAGAUCAACAAGGAUCUGAAGCAACAGCAACUCCUGCUGGAGGAGAUGGCCGACCCCCGCGGGAAAGAGUGGCUGUGGAGCCCCAUCACCUUCCGGAUGUACCUGUCGUUGGUGGCCUGCAGCACGCGGGACGUCACGCGGACGGCUGCUGUCGGAGCGCUGCUGAACAUCACUGGUGGAAACGGAGAAAUGACAAACCCCAUCGCCUUCACCAUCGUGCAGCGGGAGAAUGGACUUCAGCACAUUAAGAAAGUUUUAGUAGAGGAAGACAGUCAGGUGAAGAGAACGGCCAUACUCCUGGUAAAAAACCUCUCUCGCUAUCAGGAACUGCACCCAGCCAUCGUGGAGCAUGUGUUGCCAGAGGUGGUGAAGACGCUACCUGACGACGUGGAUGACGAUGAUGACAACCGCCCCAACCAGCCCAACGAGGUGACGGCUUCUCUGUGUAAUAUCCUGAUUAACCUGAGCCAGAGUGACGUGAAGAACGCCAAAGUCAUCAUCGAGCAAGGAGCAAUCCCGAGGAUCAUCAACAUCAGCUACACAUACGAUGGUUCUGUACCGAACAAAGCGGGUAGGGCAGCAUGUGUUCUUCUGAGCACAAUAUGGAAAUACACUGAUCUCCAUGGAGACCUCAAGAAACGUAACUUCAAGAAAUCAGAUUUCAUCAACGCAAGGACAGAAAAGCUGAAAUCAGCCGGAGAUCCAAAAACAUCACUUUGAUAGUGUCAGUGUCAUGACUUGCACACUUCUGAUGUCAUGGAUCAUCUUCAGCAGUGUACUGAUGGACUUUUUUUGAGUGCACACAAAAGACUUUAUGUUUAAUUUUAAUGUUACUUUUGUAAUAUUUUUCUUUUGGUUGUAAAUGUUUAGGAUGAGUAUGUCAUUGAGGUAUAUUUAAAUGAGCAGUGUGCUUUAUGAAAACUGAAGAAAUGAUGUUAUAACCAAAAAAACCCCCAGAAAAACAGGACAUUUUUUACUUUUAGUAAUUUUAAUUUGAAUAUUUUAUUCCUGCUCUCUGGUGAGAACUCAACAGUUGAUGAUAAUAUUACGUUAUCAAAUGCUACAUUAUUUCAGAUGCACUGAAAACAUUCAAUCACAUCAGAGCAGUUAAGGUGAACGACAACUGCAUUCUGACUUUGAGAAACCAAAUGACAUGUUUCACUAGUUGUCAGAGGAAAUAAUCGGUUUUGAAGGAACUUUCAUAUUCAUGUUGUUUUUUCUGUUUAUUUAAACGGGAUCUAUUAUGCUUUCCUCUCAAAUCUCACAUAAUGUCUGAAAGUCGCGUUUAGUGAUGUGCAACAUCGCCUAUACUGGUGGGCCUCACUGGGUUCAUCAGAGUUGAUAUUGACACUGAAACAUUUAUUUUAGAUAAAGACCUUAGUCUUUGUACACUAGUUAUGCAGCAUUCUCUUCUGUGUGUGGUAGUUUAUACCCUCUUUUGGAGGCAACAUGGCCUGUUGGCAUCAUUUGAAUAACACUGAAGUGGCCAUGAAGGGGACCAAUCCGAACCGAGUGGGGUGGGUUGUAGGCGGGGAAGGAGAAAGCCUCAGAUCAUGAUGGCAGACCUUAGAAAACACAGGGGAAGCAGAGGAAGGAGAUGAAAUAGUUAACAAGGAAUCUAUAGUUUUAUGGCCGGUUUGGAUGGAUGGAUGGAUGGAUUAAGAAAACAAGAUUUUUUAAAUUUACAAAAGCCAAAGAAAAGUAGUACGAUGGGUCCCUCUUAAUGAAAUGUCAGAACUCAGCAGUCCAUAAAAUUGCAAGGAAACUGGUAUCAUCGGAUGUUUUUCCACAAGACAAUGCAGAGUCUCUCAGCCAUAUGCAAAUAAAAUGUGGAUUCGG